AUUUUUUAACUUAUAUUUUAUUUAUUUAUGUCUUAAAUUGUUGUUUGUUGCAAGGCUCCUUCGAACGGCUGUCACGUCAGCAUUUCCUCAAUUUCUUGACCAAAUAUGGACGUCAAUUUCGUCAGCAUGCAGUGCGGUGAAAGAAGAAAUCUUUUUCGCUCUGUAUAAAUUGAUUUAAAUUAAAAAGGGUUGAAAAAAUCGUAGCCUACGGUGCUAUUUUCUUUAUAAUAUUUGAUUUUUCUUGAAUUUUCAUUUCAAGCUUUGAAGCUUUCCAACGGUCUGUGGCUGUGGGGCGGAUGCCCAUCUUUCGUUCAAGAACAAUUGCACGAGUUCGUCAUCUUCCGUUUUCCAUUACCCAAUUCGCAAAUCUCAGUGCCUAUCAAUCAAAGCUCCUCCCCACUGAUCUCCAUAUCCUGCACUGUAUCACCGCGUACAGGUUCCAUGAAGCUCGGAACCUGCUCGACAGAAUGCCUCAGAGAGGCCAGUACGGGCGUGUCGGCCACUGGACUGCGCUUCUCUCGAGGUUCUCGAGAGUGGGUCUCGUCGAUGAAGCCAGAGCGCUCUUUGAUAUCAUGCCCGAGAAGAAUCUCGUCACUCACAAUGCCAUGUUAUCGGCUCUCGUGCAGGGCAAUAGGCUCGGUGAGGCUGUUAGGUUCUUCGAGCGAAUGCCUGAGAAGAAUGUGGUCUCGCGGACUUCGGUGAUCUGUGGCUUGUUUGAUGCUGGGAGAAUUGAUGAAGCAAAGCGGAUGUUUGGUGAAAUGCCCGAGAGGAAUGUUGUUUCCUGGAAUGCAAUGAUUGCUGGGUUGAUAAGGAAUGGCCAUUUGGAGGAAGCUGGGAGGAUUUUUUAUGCAAUGCCCGUCAAGAAUGUAGUUUCUUGGAAUGCUAUGAUAGCUGGGUAUGCUGAGAGUGGCAGAGUGGAAGAGGCGAGGGCCUUGUUUGAAGAGAUGGGAGAGGAGACUAAGAAUGUCGUUACGUGGACUAGCAUGGUGGCAGGAUAUUGCAGGAGUGGAGAUGUUGAAGCAGGGUACUCUCUGUUCUCGAGAAUGCCCGAGAAGAAUGUCGUCUCUUGGACAGCUAUGAUCAGUGGGCUAACUUGGAAUGGCUUCUACGAAGAUGCUCUGCUUCUUUUUCGUGAAAUGAGUACAGAUCUGGAGGUACGACCAAACGAGGAGACAUUCGUGUCGCUCUCUUAUGCUUGUGGUGGAAUAGGAUACCCUCUUCUCGGGAAGCAGUUACAUGCUCACUUGGUAGUUGAUGGUUUGGAGUUAAAUGAUUACGACGGCAGGUUAUCGAAAGGUCUCAUCCACAUGUACUCUCUGUUUGGUCUAGUGGACUCUGCACACCACAUAUUUGCAAAAAAUUUCGGUAACUUCAGUGUUCAGUCUUUAAAUUCAAUAAUUAAUGGUUAUAUUAGGAUUGGGCAACUUGAAAGGGCACGAGACUUAUUUGAAACAGCUCCAAUCCUUGACAAAGUCUCGUGGACAUCUAUGAUCAGCGGUUAUCUUGGAGAUGGACAAGUAUUAAAUGCUUGUGAUACUUUCGACAGAAUGCCCGACAAAGACUCUGUUGCUUGGACAGCAAUGGUAUCGGGGCAUGUUGAUAAUGAGCUUUUCAAUGAGGCGGUGUCCCUAUUCUCGGAAAUGCGGGUACAAGGCAUUCAUCCUUUGGCUGCCACUUAUUCGGUUCUCCUCGGAGCAGCAGGCGCCAUAGCGAAUCUUGACCUCGGGAGGCAGUACCACUGUCUGGUUUUGAAAUCGCAUCUCGAGCUUGACCUGAUAGUACAGAACUCCUUGAUCUCCAUGUAUUCAAAAUGCGGGAAGAUCGAGGAUGCUUAUGACAUUUUCUCUAACUUGGAAAAUCGAGAUGUGGUCUCUUGGAACACCAUGAUUAUGGGGUUCUCGAACUAUGGGAUGGUGAAUGAAUCUCUGCGCAUUUUUGAAGCUAUGCUGAAUGAUGGAACACCACCAAACUCGGUAACCUUUUUGGGGAUCUUAUCAGCGUGCAGCCAUGCAGGUCUCGUCACAUUUGGGAAGGAGUUGUUUCGCUCCAUGAGUGGCGUUUAUGCAAUUAAUCCAACUCGGGAUCACUAUAUAUGCAUGAUCGAUCUCUUGGGGAGGGCCGGGAAAGUGGAGGAGGCUGAGGACUUUGUGCUUGGGCUUCCUUUCGAGCCAGAUUCUGCCAUUUGGGGGGCUCUGCUCGGUGUGUGUGGAUUGAAGAAUAAUCACGAGGUCGCAGCGCGUGCUGCCCAACGGCUCCUCAAGCUGGAACCUUUGAAUGGGCCUGCGCAUGUGGUGCUGUGUAACAUAUACGCAGCAAAGGGUCAGCAUGUCGAGGAGAGAGUCCUGAGGAAGGAGAUGGGAAUGAAGGGCGUGAAGAAGGUUCCUGGCUGCAGUUGGGUACUGAUCAGAGGGAGAGCGUGCGUGCUCCUCUCAGGGGACAAGUUGCCUCCUGAAGCACAGGACAUAGUGUCGCUAUUGUGCUGGAAUAUUGCGAAUCACAGCAGACCCCAGGCUUGAACGCCUGGGUCAUAACUUGGGGACGUCGCGGUUCGAUUACCGCUAGUGAGCAUAGGGGCAUACUCUCUUGCCUGUACCCAAAAGAAUUUUGUUCAUCAGAGACAUGAACAGCGCCAGUGGAUGCUUGGUUUGCUCGUAACAUCGGCAUUGCUUUGGCUGUCGUGGCCGAGCUAUGGGGUGCUCUUAUGGGAUUGGAGUUGGCUUGGGAGAUGGGAAGGAGGCGGGUCACGCCGGAAGUCAACAACUUGGAAGUGGUGUGCCGACUGAUUCGAAGCCAAGAGCAUUGUGCCCCUCAGUUAGCUGUGUCUCUGCGAUCAGAGAUUGGAUUACGCAAGUUGUUCAUACAUACAGGAAAGGGAACCGUUGCACAGAUUGGUCGGCAACGAUUGCUAUUCAACUGCCAUUUGGGAAUCAUGUGUAUCAAGAUCCCGCCCAUAGGACUUGCGAGCGCCGCUUUUUAGCAAUAAUCAUAUCCGGCAUUUGUCAUUCAUAAUUUAUUUGUUUUUCUGUGGCCUGGGCCCCAUUUGAUUACAAAAAAUAAAAAUAAAAAAAAUCUCCAAGUUUACGAAUAUUACCAGUGUGUUUGGUUUUAUAAUUAAAUAAAGUUGAGUUUUUAUUUUAA